CCGACAGGCAGAGAAGGAAGAGCAAGAAGUGAGAAAUGGUGGAUUUGCAGAAGGGUUUUCCUCUUCUAAUUCAGCAAUACAAAGCCCUGCUAAAGAAGAAUUUCAUCCUGGCAUGGAGACACAGGAGAUCUACGUUGAUACAACUCUUCUCUUCCCUCUUCUUCAUCUUUCUUCUCUUCAGCAUUAAUCUAAUUUCUAAAUCUAGUUCCAAGAUCAACUACGAUGAUCCGGAACCCCUCAUCUCUCCCCCAAUCCCUCCCUGCGAGGAUAAGUUCUUCAUUAUGACUCCCUGCUACGAUUUCGUUUGGAGUGGCAACGGAAGCGCCAGGAUACGAUCAGUUGUGUCCAAUAUCAUGGCUAAUAACCCAGGAAGGCCUAUUUCUCCCAAUAGGGUCAAAUCGUUUAGAACACCCGAGGAAGUAGAUGACUGGCUUUUCAGGGAUCCUAUGCGUAGUCCUGGAGCUCUGCAUUUCCUUGAAAGAAGUCCUGCUGUAAUCAGCUAUGGUAUUCAGACUAACUCUACCCCUGUAACCAAGCGAGGCCGAUAUGAGGACCCUACUUUUAAAUUUCAAGUACCACUCCAAAUCGCUGCAGAACGCGAAAUUGCUAGGUCUUUGAUUGGAGAUCCAAAAUUUAGCUGGGACGUCGGGCUCAAGGCAUUUGUACAUCCUUCCGGAGAGAAAUUUUCUACUAUGGAGACUAUUGGACCAACAUUUUUCCUUGCCAUUGCAAUGUUUGGUUUUGUCUUUCAAAUGAGUUCUUUGGUCACAGAGAAAGAACUCAAACUUCGCCUGGCAAUGAAUAUAAUGGGUGUCUAUGAAUGUGCAUAUUGGUUUUCGUGGCUCACUUGGGAAGCCUUGAUUACAUUUCUCUCAGCACUUUUCACUGUUCUAUUUGGAAUGAUGUUCCGGUUGGACUUUUUCCUGCACAAUAGUUUUGCAGUUGUGUUCCUCUUGUUCUUUUUAUUCCAAUUAAAUAUGGUUUCUUUUUCCUUCUUGCUGUCGGCUUUCAUUAGCAAAUCAUCAUCAUCCACGAUUGUGGGUUUCUGCAUAUUUAUCAUUGGCUUCGUGACUCAGCUCGUUACAGCAUUUGGAUUUCCCUACAGUAGUGUCCAUCCUAAAAAAUAUAGGAUCCUUUGGUCUUUAUUCCCUCCUAAUCUCCUCGCCCAAGCACUUUCUCUGCUUUCAACAGCUACAGAAACUCCUGAAGAUGAUGGGAUCAGCUGGAGUGCACGGGCAAAGUGUCCACCAUCAUCGCCAGAUUGUGUGUUGAAUAUUGAUGGUGUAUAUAGAUGGCUUUUGUCAACAUUCAUUCUGUGGUUUUUUUUGGCUAUCUACUUCGACAAUAUAAUCCCAAAUUCAGCAGGUGUGAGGAAAUCAUUAUUUUACUUUCUGAAGCCUGGGUACUGGACAGGAAAAGGUGGAGACAAGGUUGAAGAGAGUGGCAUUUGUAGUUGCACUGGUUCAACUCCACCAGUGGAACCUUUUACUCCAGAUGAUCAAGACGUUCUUGAAGAGGAAAAUAUUGUAAAGAAACAAUUCAAUGAAGGUACAGUUGAUCCCAAUGUUGCAGUUCAGUUACGUGGUCUUGAAAAGACAUAUCCUGGGACAACAAAUAUUGGUUGCUGUAAAUGCAAAAAGACUCCACCUUACCAUGCUGUCAAGGGUCUGUGGAUGAACCUUGCAAAGAAUCAACUAUUUUGUCUUCUUGGACCUAAUGGUGCUGGAAAAACUACUACAAUUAGUUGUUUAACAGGCAUUGCACCAGUGACAGGCGGAGAUGCACUGAUUUAUGGACAUUCUAUUCGAAGUGCUGUUGGUAUGUCAACUAUCCGAAAAAUGAUAGGACUUUGUCCUCAGUUUGACAUUCUUUGGGAUUCCUUAACUGCUGAAGAGCACCUCCAUCUCUUUGCUGGCAUCAAAGGCCUACCCCCUGAUUCAAUCAACUCGGUUGUUCAGGAUUUACUAGAACACGUGAAACUUGCUCAAGCGGCCAAAAGGAGAGCUGGGAGUUAUAGUGGAGGAAUGAAGCGCCGGGUUAGUGUUGCAAUAGCCCUCAUUGGUGAUCCAAAAUUGGUUAUCUUAGACGAGCCGACGACUGGCAUGGAUCCAAUCACCAGGAGGCAUGUAUGGGAUAUCAUAGAGGAUGCAAAGAAAGGGCGGGCCAUUGUCCUAACAACUCACUCAAUGGAAGAAGCUGACAUUUUAAGUGACCGCAUAGCAAUCAUGGCAAAAGGAUGGCUUCGUUGCAUAGGUACCUCAAUCAGAUUGAAGUCGCGGUUUGGAACAGGUUUUAUUGCUAAUGUGAGCUUCCGUGGGAGUACUCCUGGGCAUAAUGUUAAUGGGGAUGCAGUUGAUAUGAUCGAACCUCAUCAUAAGGCUGUGAAGAAUUUUUUCAAAGAACAUUUGAAUGUGGUGCCCAAAGAGGAGAACCAGGCCUUCCUGACUUUUGUUAUUCCUCAUGAAAAAGAGGAAAUGUUGGCAGAUUUCUUUGCAGAGCUUCAAGAUAGAGAAAGCGAAUUUGGCAUAUCAGACAUUCAACUUGGCCUUACAACUCUAGAAGAAGUGUUUCUGAAUAUUGCAAAGGAGGCAGAACUAGAAAGUGCUAUUGCUGAAGGGGCCUUGGUAACUCUGACAUUAACUUCUGGACUCUUAAUUGAGAUACCCAAAGGAAGCAGAUUUGUUGGGAUCCCUGGAACAGAAUCUGCAGAGAAUCCUAGAGGUUUGAUGGUUGAAGUAUACUGGGCUCAAGAUGAUUCAGGCAACCUAUGCAUUUCUGGUCACUCACCUGAAACUCCAAUACCACCAAAUGUUCAACCUAUGUUGGUCCAUUCUACAACCCCUUCCGAUUCAACUUCUGGCAGAAUUGAACCCAUACUUGGAUAUAUUAUUGAUCAUAAUCAAAUUGAUCGGCCAAUUCUAUAUGGAAAGAUCUGA